AUGGGUUCUCCUCCAAGCUCUCCGCCUCUCCGCAACAACUCACCUGUGGUAGCAAGCCACCUGGUACCGCAAUUGUCACGCCGACACUCCAGGUUCACUGGGCUUCUGUUUCUCUUCCUCGGCUGGCUGACGUGUCGCGCUUCUUCCUGUUACGUGGCAUCCAAACGACUUUUCAUUCGGCCUCCUUUGGCUUUCGGCGCCGGUCCAACUUCAGCCACUCCAUCACCCUCUGUUGUGCCAUGGCGAAAGCCCUCGCCAACUCGCGCCGCGUGCGUUCUUCUUGCCCUCCGCUCGUUGUCAAUCUCGCACCUACGCGCCUCGUCGGGCUCUCUGGCGCGUCCCCGUAUAUCCGUGGCCAAGAAGGUGUGCAAAGCCGCCUCUUCCUCCUCUUCCAAGCUACCUGGCGCGUCCCCGCGCCCGGUUUCUACUGCAAACGUGGAAGUUUCAUCCGCACCUUCUCUGGGAGCGCCUGGCAAGCGUUUCCGUCGCCUCUGUGCGCUGCGCGACACGGUCGGUGAGACUGUGACUGAUGUGAAACGCGACCUGGAUACUCUCGUCACCAUGAUUUUCCCUGUGCACCUCGCCGAACAGCAUCGCAAGGAAAUUGUUGCUUUUCUCAAAAAGGGUCUCCGUCGCUCUGACUUCAAGAACUGGCAGAUUCCCCUCGUUAAGUCGAUGGCAGGAGAGAACCUGAAGUUCGGCAGGAAUACCUACGCCCGGCAAAUCCUUCAGUUCCCCAACAAGGAAGCGGCUGAGGCCUUCGCAGGCCGCCCCCCGAUCUUCUAUCCUCUCCCCCACGGUCCUGCUGUUGAACUCAAGGUCUACGUCGAUCCCGCUCCUGAAUUCACUGCUGCCAAGGCGCGUGGCGAGACCCACAUCGUCAUCCGCAACAUCCCGCUGGGCCUCACCGAGGAGCAGCUGGUUGGUAUCCUGUUGAAAGGCAAGAACCGUGAUGGACAGAAGUGGAUCUCUGAGCUCCUGCACUUCCACACCGCCUCCGACCCUUACGAGGAGAUGUUUCAGCUGCAGAUGCAUGGCAUCGUCAAACCCAUGAUCGGCGAUGAGGCUUUCAGCGUCACCCCGCCGGUAAUCUGGAUUGACGACGUGCGCGAACCUGUCCUGGUGAACCUCUCAUGCCACUCGUGUGGCAUCUGCUCGAGCAACCACCGCACCGGGGACCACCACGUGUUCCCUACGAUGCGCUGUAACAAGAUCAACAACCCACACUCGAUCUCGGUCGCUCAGCUACAGAAUGUUAACUCCAAAGCACUCGGGCAUUCGCCUGCCGCCAACCGAAUCAAGCAGGACCUCGGCCUUCUCUUCAUCGGCCUCGACAGCGAGGUCGAGGUCUGGACUUGCUGCGCAUGCGACUUUAUCUGUGGCUGGACUAUCGACACGGCCCUUGCUCACGGAGACUCGCCACAACACCUCCGUCGUCUGCAGACGUCCGGCCCCCUCCUGAAAGAGGAGUUCGGGGACCUGAAGGCUCAGGAGUUCCUGAAAAAGAGCGACUCGCUUGUGCAAUUCUUGGGCGAGGAAUAG